AUGUCCUCUCCAUCCCCAGGAAAGAGGCGAAUGGACACGGAUGUCAUAAAGCUGUAUCCUUGUAGAAGUUCUUGGUACAGAUUAUUGAUUAGUCGUGCUUUGGUUGGCAAAGUCACGAGCCAUAAUGGCGCUUUCUGUACAUAUCCUGUUGUUUUUUUUUUCUGUGUCUAUCUCGUUAUUCCUUGACUACAUUCUCAUCAGAAUUGAAAGCAAGCACGAAGUGACAAUACUUGGUGGUUUAAAUGAAUUUAUUGUGAAGUUUUUUGGCCCUAGUGGAAGUAAGUGCGAACAUAUUUUCAUGUUUUGAAAUGGCUCUCCAUGAACUUUAAUGUUGUCUUGUGUCUCCGCAUUGCUUGAAGCGCAAAUUAUUUGGGAUGCAUGGGCACAAUUGUAGCCGAAAUCACUUGAGGAUAUUAUUGAUUGAGAGCAAUUGUGUUAAAAUGUUGUUGCCAACUAAACCGAUCCAAAGCUUCUAUGGCUUUUACAGGCAGAGCUACUCUGGUCAUUAUAAAUUAUAAAUCGAUAUCAGCGAUAAUAUUUUUUUCUUGAAAUUUAGAAAGUGCAAUCUACCCUGUUGGUUAGUGUCACAGAGAUUUCAGUCUGAUAUUGAAUUCAAUAGGCGAAUAGGAAGUGAUUAAACAAGGCUAGUUGGAGGGCAAGAAGGCAUCGGUUUUCCAAUGGGCACAAUAUGGCUAGCUUGUUUUGUUUUGGGGAAAAAUGCCGUGUUAGUAAGGAAUUUAUCUCGUACAUCUAUUUGCAUUUUAGUCGCUUAUUUGUCCCAGCUGAUAAACUGCUGUUAUAUUUAAAUAAAUACUCUUUGAAAGAAUUCUAUGUGUUUCACUUCUUUGGCACUUGCAUAGAUUUCUUUUUCUUAUUGGGUAGUUGUUAUAAUUUGGGACUCUGGACUUUGCGGUAGAGUUCAUAGGGCUAUGUUUACAUGUAGCAUUUAAACAUGCAAAAUUGGUGUGUUGAUUUUAUAACAAGGUGGAAUCUGAUUAUUCUGCAUUCAGGUGACACUUUGAUGAAACAAUUUAAGGCUGGUGCCCUAUAGAGUGAUACAAAACCUUGCAAAUUAUGAAAAUAAUUAUAGGAAUAUAUUAAAUACUUUUUCUAUUGCUUACCAAAAAUGGCUACUCAAAGUCAAAACAUUGUGGAACCAUAAUGUCUCCACUUGCAGUCUUGUUAUUUACAUGUAGAUCUUUGAUAACCUGUGUUGAAAAAGGACUUUGAUCUUCGGUAACCACAAGCUUAAGAAAAUUGGAAUUAAACAGACCCUUUUUUCAUUGCUUGGGGAGAACCACAAUAUUGUUACACCUGUAUACCCUCAGGUAAAUUUGUUAACUUCUCUAUCAAAAUAAUUUAGCCAGGUGACUGGUUUCUAGAAAUGGCAAAAUGCCUUUUAUAAAAUGUCAGAAGUACAUGUGAGGCACUUCAAAAAAAAAACAACUUGAAAAUGUAUCAUUUUAUAAGUUGCUAUUUACAAUAAAAUUAUUAUUUUGAUCUGAUAGAAUUUGUAUGUUAGGCACCUGGCCCUGGUUGUUCAAACGUUGGAUAGCACUAUCCACCGGAUAAAUCACUAUCCAGCGGAUAAGAAUUAGGGAAACCAAUUGUGCUAUCCAUUGGAUAGAUUUUUAUCCUGUGGAUAGCGCUAUCCAACGUUUGAACAACCGCAGCCUGGAAACUACAGAAAAAAGUAAAAUCAGAGAAUAAUAGGAUAUCAACAUCCUGAAUCCUUGGAAACAAUGUCAAUUUCACAAUGAAGGUUUAAUUAUUAUUCUGGUUACAUCUAUUAACUGGAAUUUGCCUUUGUGCCAGCCAAAGUAACUUUGACCCCACUGAGCUUUUUAACUAUGCUGAGCUUACAGUAAAACGUCAAAUUAUGUGGGUCUAGGAAUGCAGUAGAAUUCAUCAUUUUGACAAAAUAAUUGCAGCUGGUUUGGGACCCAAGAUGAAAAGAGGUUAAGAUUCAAGCAAUGUCCACCUGAUCAGGAAGUGACAAGGAGUGGUGAACCAUAACAUGGCCAACAAAUUGAUCAAGUGAUCAAGUUUCUCUAAACACAAAAACAAUGUAUUUAGAAAAAAAGUGUUAACAUCAUUAUAGGAACGUCAGCUCACACUCAGAUUUGUCCCUUUUUACCUAAUCUGUUCAGGCCUUUACGAAGGUGGUGUUUGGAAAGUGAGGGUCGAUUUACCUGAAAAAUACCCAUUCAAAUCUCCAUCCAUAGGUAAGCCAUGUACAGCUGUAUUUAUCUUUAGAUUUACCUACUGUCACUGAGAUUUGCAAUCACUUCAUUCCUUUGUAACAACGCUUCUUUGCAAAGAGUUGAUGAAAAUUGUGUUGAAGCCCUGGGACCAGUUACACAAAUAUUGAUGUCCAAUAUAACUUGUAACAUCUGAAUUUCAGCCCACUGAAGUCCUGACAUUGGGUUUUGCAACAGGUCCCUUUCAGAAAGUUUUGUGAGGAAGCUGAAUAUUUUUUUUCUAGUACAUGCAGUGGAUCUGAAUUUGAUUCAUGCUGCUAAUAGGUUGUAACUGAUUUUCACACCAUCAUAAAGAGAAUGUACAAAUUUGUAAUCUGUUUUUUUUUUUACAAUGCAGUGUAUUGAAGAAAUAUGGUUUAAUACAUUUUUAUAUCACCACCUCUAAACUUCUUCAAUACUGUCUUCCAAUACAACUCACUUUUUUAGUGAUGAUGACCAUGUUUGAAGUACAACUGUCACGUGCCAAAAUGGGAAUUGAAAUUAUUUAAUUUUGUGUUUUCUGUGGUCAAUCCUGAUAAAACUUGACUUUGAUAUAUUUUUUCUUUUACUUUUUUCUAAGGUUUUAUCAACAAGAUUUUCCAUCCAAACAUAGACGAGGCGUAAGUUUUUCUGUUUCAUUGUUUUAUUCUGUUGCAAACAAAAGUAGUACUUCAAAUAUGCUAGUAAUGAGGUAUUGACGGUCUGUAACAUCUUCGUAGUUCUGGGACAGUUUGCCUUGAUGUGAUCAACCAAGCUUGGACUGCGUUGUAUGGUUAGUGCUGGUAAAAGAUAAUGAGAUUGAAGAAGAAUAAAUCUUUAACAGUGAAACAUCGAUUUAAUGAACCUUUAUAUGUCGCAGUGCCCCAGUAACAGUAAAAUAUACUGAAAAGAACUUCAAUGAUGAAACCUUGUUAUAGCGAACAUAUUUUGCCAGUCUCUUGGCCCUUCAUUAUAUCGAGGUUCCACUGUAUUUUAUUUGUGUGUGUGCUGAUCUGGAACGCACAACCCUAGAAGCUGUACAUGUUAUUCUUUGCAUGAUAUAUGACUGAUUCAUGAAAAGGGAAGCAAAAGGACUUCCUACUGUGACAGUGGUUUGGAUACCUGGAGUAAAAAUUAUAAACAUGAAUGAUUUUGGCAAACUUCUUUUUUCUAGUUUUGUUUUGAAGUUUGUGUGCUAUUACUAUUUCCAAAGGACCCAAUACAAGUAAGAGUGUCUCACUGGUUAUCCAAACACCUUAAAUUCUUUUUUGACGAAUUCACUAUUUGGAGAUUACAAUGAGACAAUCCAUUUGCUAGUGUUUAUUGUAUGAUUGUACUGACUUUGAACAGGGAGAAAAAGGGGUAAAUUAAGUAUGGCUAAUGUCCAUGUUGUAAGUAUCCAUUAUGACAUAUUAUUUUCCUUGAAAUCACCUUCAUUGUCAGUAGCUUUAAGCAAGCUGGAAUGUUCUGCUGUAUAAUAUAUAGAUUGAAGCAUUUUUUGUGUCUUUGUGCAGUUUAUAUUAAAAAAUCUGAUCAGUAAAUGCAGGAUUUCAUUUCUCAAAUCCUUGAAACCUUAUUGUUUGCUCUACCUUUUUUGUGAUUUGGGUCUGUUAAUGAUUUCUGUUUUUUUGACCAUGUCAGAUUUGUCAAACAUCUUUGAGUCUUUUUUACCUCAACUUCUGUCUUACCCUAACCCUGUUGAUCCCUUGAACGGAGAUGCAGCCGCUCUUUACCUUCACAAACCAGAACAGUAUAAAGAAAAAAUAAAAGGUAUGAUUGAAUAAUUAGUACACUGGUAGAAAAAGUAUCAGUAAGCUUAUUUAGAGCCUUAUUCUGUGGACAUCCAUUUUUGAAAACCACUGGCCACCUAGCACAACUCAAAAACCUUGCUUGUUUGGUUUACACUGACCAAUGUAGCUUUUAUAGUUCUGUGUUUUUUUCUCUUUAAUUCCUUGGGAACUUGCUACUGAGGAUUGUGUGUAUAAAUUCCUUUCAAAAGGAAGUUAGUGGACGAGAAACUGUGCCAUGUUAUGAUAAUGACAAAGAGGUUUGAGUGCAGUUUUGUCAUCAAAGGAUUUUAUCCACAGACAGUGAUCGACUGAAAAUUAGAACUACAUUCUUUGUCUUCAUUAUAAUUUGUAAAGUGAAACGAUUAUUCUAAUAUGGUGACUUCAUUGUUACUAGAAUAUAUUAAGAAAUAUGCAACAGAAGAGGCAUUGAAAGACCAAGAGGAAAUGUCAUCAUCAAGUGAAAGUUCAAUUAGUGACUUUUCAGAAGAUGAAGCUCAAGACAUGGAGCUCUGACAUCAGAGGACUCACUUUUGUAUCUUAGGAUAACAAAAUUAAUAAUUAUUAAUAAUAAUAAUAAUUAUAACAUACUAUUAUUAUUAUAUUAUAGGAAUCAUUCCUUCUGGCUAGGUUUUGGUAUCUUCUAUAUUAUUGAUCUUUUGUUUCUUUAUGUUGCAUUAUAGAACAGUGUGGAACAGAGUUAGUUUAGUUUCAUUAGGAACUGAAUUUGUUUUUAUUUCCUUUUUUAAUACGCAUAAUUUUUUUAACAAGUUAUUCAAAGAGGAAGCUAAUGUUGUACUGAAGAAAAGUGCAAUUUGUACUACUCAACUUAGCUUUAUUUUUUAUGGUAUUUUUAGCAUUGUCUAUUUAGACUCCAAAUAAACAUACUUCACAAACUUGUAGAUUGUUUACAGUCCCCUAUUUUUCUGUAGGAUUGUUGAGAUCAAGCCCUUUGCAUAAUGGGUGGCCAUCUUGGAUGCGGUGAGUGUCAAAUCUACUUAAAACUUAGACUCCAGCCCCGUCGGUACAUAAGAAAUCAAGAUGGCCACCCAUACCGGUAAGCACUCAAUCCUGACAAUCUUAAGAAAAAAUAGGGGACUGUGAACAGUGGACAAACUUCAAAUUUAUUUUGGACCUUGUCAAGUGUGUUAAACAGAGAAAGCACUUCUCAAUCGCUUUCAUAACUCUCUCAUUUUAAAAGUGAAGGAUUUUUGUCUGCAAACUCUUCCGAUCAUUAUACGUUUCUUGGUAACUGACCACCUACCCAUCCCCUAAAUCAAAAUUUUGCCCUAAGUGAGAAGUAAGUGUUAAUGUUGGUUUAGGGGAGGGGUAGGUAGUCAGUUACCCAGAUAUGUAAAGUGAUCCAACUCUUCAACGAGCCAUUUACCUCAUAUUCAUGUAAUCAAGAUCAAAUUUGAAGUGCUUUUCAGAAUACCCUGAAUCUUCGUAAUACUAUUAAAAAUACUUCAUUUCUGGGGUUAAUUUUUAGUUUUCUAAUGCAUCUGCUUUCUUAAUGCUGAAGAUACCAGGGCUUAACCAAUUUAUUGUGAACACUGUAUUAAUAUUAACUUUGUAUAAUAUCGACAUCAGCUCAGACAAUGUAAAUUUUUUCCUUAAAGAAUAUAUUCAUAAAUGGCUGUCUUUCAACUUCAGUGAAACAAAAUGGUUAUUUUGUAAUGGGAAAUGAUAUGUGAGACAUUUUUCUUUUUCUUUUCUUUGCAUAUAAAUGAAGUUCUGUUUGGUUUAUGGCCAGUUCAUGAGAAAGGUAGAUUAAAUAUGGCUUUCAUUUUCAAGUUCUCCUUGUAUCGGAUAAUUUGAUCUAUUAAAUUGCUUGCAAUGAGUCAAGCUUUGCAUUUGUUUAGAUUUGCAGACAUUUGACAUUGCCCCUUAGAGUUUGGUCGAAGUCUGUUACCUUCAUUUCGUAGUAAUAAUCUUGCAAAAGGUUUCAAACCACUCAUUCACAGUAAUUUUUUUAUUUUUGAACAGUACUCUUCUUUACCUUAAACUAAAGCAUUUACUUGCAAGAGCAAAACACCACUAAUUAAAUUUUCUGGCUUGUCAGGGAGGCGCUUAUAAAUGACACAAUUUUAGGUAAUGCUUACUUUUAUUUAUUUCUCUUGUUCAACAACAAUGACAAUAGCAGUGACAAUCAGAGUUUGUUUUGAACACCAAUGUUCUUGCCAGAUCCAAAAAUAACGACAGCAAACAUAUUAGCCAUAUUAAGCAUAGCAAUAAGCAUGGAGAAUUAAUAAAUGUAUAUUUUUUCAUUGACAUAGAGGCCCUUAUUCAAGAACAGCGCCUGUUAAUAAUUUGGCCCCUAAGUGCGGUGCUAUUUCGAGCAAAUACGGUAGCUCUAAUACAUCUUUAACUGAAAGGGGAGAAACAUUAAGUUUCGUGAUGAAACAGUCUCGUUUAGGCAGCCAUUUAUGAAUACAGGUUAUUUGACGAACAUUGUGGAGGAUUUCUUCUUCUAUCUCUCCAUUAAUGUUCCCGGAUAUAUAUUGUAAUAUUUGUACAAAGAGUGCGGGAAAUUUAUUAUUUGUUGUUUGCAGGCGGUGCUGUGUUUAAAUUGCCCAUACUAUAAAUAAUAUAUCGCCAAAGCAAAUGUGAAAAUAACAAUAAUUUAUGGUGUGAUAUUUGUCCAAUUUUUUAAUUGCAUGGUAGAUGUACGGUGAAAGGAGGAGAUUCCAGGUUUUUGAUUCUUAGCUUGUCUAAAUUUAUAUUGAUAUUUAGAUAACUAGCGUGUAACUAGUAUUUAACUCGAUGUUUUAGUAAAAAACAGGAUACCAUUAAACAAAUGAAUGGCUUUACAUGUAAGUAUUAGAGCAAAAGUCACUUGAAUUGCUGUUCAGGAACAAAACGUUUUUCCUGUUUGCGGCAUACAGUCGUUAAUCUGAAGGCAACCUGUCGGCAAAAUCUCGGUAUCAUUUCGGGCUCAGCUUGGUUGGUCGAAUUCUGAAAAAGGGUGGUAGAUUCAAGAUUUUGGAUCCAAUGGACUGUCAGCAGUGUCAAGAAAGCUCGUUUCCAUUAGCAUCUGUCUACUUAAAAUAGACACCGUACUAACAUAUUCAAAAGCCCAUUGAGUGUGUUGAGCCGCA